AUGCGGAUCCCCGAGCCUCGCGUGCGCAGCCGCAUGUCACGCCAGCCCGCGGCCGGUGCCUUCGCGGCGCCCGAGUUGUUCCCGCGGGUGGAGCAGGCCAGCGGCAAGGCAGUGGGCAACCAGACGAGCGACAUCGAGUCCACUUCCGUCCUCUCCGUGGAGUCCUCGAUGCUUCCCGGGGCCUGCCUUGGGCUCCACGGGACCAGUGCUAUGGUCGGUGAGGCCGAGCGGCCCCCCUGCACCUUGCUUGGGCACAAUCGUCUCAGCGGCGAGGACCGCAAGGAGGAUCUGACGAGUCCUGGCCAGGGCAUCUCCCGCAGGCCGCCCGUCUUCGACGAGCGUGAGAGGAUCCCGUGCUCCCCUGGCCCCAGCCAGUUCGGCCGCGAGCCGGCUAGGCCCACGCUACCCGGAGAGGGGGCGCCCAGCCAGGCUCGCCGCCGCCACGCCAUUAGGUCGCUGUCGGCAAUGGGUGGGAGGCGCCUGGCCUCCAGCAGCUGA